UGAAUUCACUUCAGGAACUUCAGCUCCUUGAGAUCAUGUGCAAUUAUUUCCAAGAGCAAACCAAGGAUUCAGUCCGGCAGAUCAUUUUCUCAUCUCUCUUCAGCCCUCAAGGAAACAAAGCAGAUGACAGCAGGAUGGCUUUACUAGGAAAGCUGGUUUCCAUGGCAGUGGCUGUGUGCAGGGUUCCUGUUCUGGAGUGUGCUGCCUUCUGGCUGCAGCGAACCCCCGCCGUGUACUGCGUGAGGCUAGCCCGAGCUUUGGUCGACGACUACUGCAACUUGGUGCCAGGGUCCAUCCAGACGCUGAAGCAGAUAUUCAGUGCCAGUCCUCGCUUCUGCUGCCAGUUCAUUACAUCCGUCACGGCGCUCUACGACCUCUCUUCAGAUGACCUCAUCCCUCCUUCGGAUCUGCUCGAGCUGAUCGUUUCCUGGAUCUUUGAAGACCCCCGCUUGAUCCUCAUCACCUUUCUAAACACUCCUAUUGCAGCCAACCUGCCAAUAGGGUUUUUAGAGCUCACCCCGCUGACUGGACUGAUCCGUUGGUGUGUGAAGGCCCCCUUGGCUUAUAAAAGGAAGAAGAAAGCCUCUCUCUCAAAUGGACACCCUCCCAGCAAAAUUGCCAAGGACUCCACUUCAGGAGAAGACAGAGAUUGCCAUCAGCUGUAUUCAAAACUGCAUCUAAGUGUCCUGCAGGUUCUUAUGAUGCUUCAGGGGCAUUUAACGGAGAAGAACCUUUAUGGGCGCCUGGGGCUAGUACCCUUUGACCACGUAGUUCCGCUCGUUGAGGAAAUUAACAGACUAUCUGAUGAACUCAAUCCUCUCAAUGCAUCCAAAGAGAUUGAACUGGCUCUAGACAGACUGGCUCAGGCUUUGCAAGUGGCCAUGGCAUCGGGAGCACUCCUGUGCACUAGAGAUGACUUGAGAACUGUGUGCUCCAGGCUACCGCAUAACAACCUGCUCCAGCUGGUGAUUUCAGGUCCAGUACAGCAACCGACCCACGGCGCUCUGCCACCAGGAUUUUAUCCUCAUAUCCAUACUCCUCCUCUGGGCUACCCCGCGCACCCGGCGCUCCCUGCUCACCCGGCUCACCCGGCGCUCCCGGCUCACCCCGUACAAACGUUUAUACCAGGAAUGACAUUCCCAUACCGACCUAUUCGCUAAAAUGCUAGGACUGUAGAGUGUAGCCAGUUUCCCUUAGUUUGAGGAAGCCUUGCAGAUGAAACCAAAUGUCUCGGGAACCACAUUUUCCUCUUUGGUGUAAAGCUGAGCAAUGCCCGCGUGAGGGAUCAGCCCUUCGGCAGUAGAGGAGACGCAGACGGGUAGGCUGCGGUCGAUUUGGAUGUGGGGUGCAGAUACUAAAGCAGAUCGUAGGGACAAAAGGAGGGGGUGGGAAGAGACAGCAGAAACUCCAAACCUCUGCAGUGUGUGGAAAUUUUUUGGAUCCACGUUGUUUCAUGUAAUCACCAAGGGUAUGGUAUUUCUCAAGCAUGUGUUUUUCAGUAGCCCUGAUCUGCUUACGGCACGGUGAGCCCAGCUGGUCUUGCUCUAGGAGGGCCAGGAAGAAAGGCGUGAGGUUUUUCAAGCUAGUCCACUCCGGCCUGCUCGUUUCUUUGUAAAUGUUUGUAUCUAUAGCUACAGAGUAUGUGUACACUGUAUAUUUUUGGAACACAAACGUUUGUUUCAGAAGCACAAGGUAGAGUAAAGCAGCACUUCCUAUUAAAGGAAACAGUUUAAGAAGC